AAUAGCAAAUAAAAAACAAGGCACGUUACGUGGAACUUUUUCAUUGGUUAUAUCAAUAAUUCUGGGAAGAAUUCAAGUACAACGUACUAACCCCAACAGCUCCACACAUGAAUAACCUUAGUUCUUGCACAAAAGAGAGUGGACAAUGGCCAUGCAACACUACCUCCAUGCAUGUAAACCAAAAUCUCUCCACCGGAUUUGUAUGACUCAACCGUCCGGUGACCAGAAAGACAGCCCGCAAGGGGUAACAAUUCCCCCGGGAAGAUCUCCGGCCGACCAAUUUGCACCUCUCGCUUCGGUUUUUAGGCGUCGGCUACUAACUGGAGUUGGGUCAGCUUCUGUACUUGCUCUCGGUGCUAAUUUUGCAGGAAUAACAAGUUUUCUGCUUGGGUUGUCGCCAGAGACUGGUCAGAAUCUUAAGCUGGACGUGCUCUAUCCAAUUGCAGGUUACAGACGUUGCGUUGAAACAAAUGAAGGAUUUGAAUUCGUAUACCCAGCAAGAUGGUUUGGAGAUCGGACACUGUUAAUUCGGGCAGCUAGAAAAGCAGAAUUUGAGAGAUCACUGGAUCCAUCUUCCCUGAACAAUGCCAGUGACCAGCGGCGCAGAAAUAUAAACGAGCCAAUUGUUGCAUUUGGUCCACCAAAGUCAAGCGGCGAGCUAAACGUUAGUGUCAUUGUUUCACCAGUUCCUCUUGAUUUCUCAAUUGAAGCAUUUGGCGGGCCGAAGGAAGUAGGAGAAGCUGUGGUUCAGACAAUUACAGGAUUGAGCCGGCUGCCUGAUGUGAAAGGUACCCUGAUAAAAUCAACUUUGAGAGAGGAUUCAAUGAGGAGUAUCAAAUACUAUGAGCUGGAAUUUAGAGUUGAAAGCUCCUCAUUUAGGAGACAUAAUGUGGCUGUUUGUUGUGCUCGUCGUGGGCGGCUCUUUACUUUAAAUGCACAGGCCCCAGAAACAGCAUGGCCAGAUGUGAAAUCAGACUUCUACAGAAUGGCUGGUUCUUUUACUUUGACUUCUUGAUGUGUGCGUGAAAGAGAGAUGAUUAAUUUCUUCGCGUGAAGUGAGAUUUUGCCACAAUUAUUAUCCUUAGUAAUAUUUUAUCAUUUAUAAACUUCAACGUUUUUAUAGCAACAGAAA